AUGUCAGGAAAGCCAACGAAACCAGCUGGUGGUGGGAAACCAACCCCCGGGGGUCCUUACGGAAAUGGCAAGGAAAUGCAUCGCUAUCCACCCCCUCCACCACCGCAUCACAUGUAUCACAUGAUGCCGAUGCCACCACGUCCUUACGACGGAAAGGGACCACCCAAAGGAGCCUCGUACCCAGGUGCCUAUCCACCAUCGAUGCCACCACCGUACCCCGGCGCUUAUCCCCCGAUGCACCACCCUUACUAUGCACACAUGCCAAUGCAUCCAGCGCAUCGCCCUCCACCUAUGCCAGGAAGCCAAUCAAAAAAGAAGCCUUUGGGAAAAUCAACGCCCUCCAGCAUGAAUUCCAAGCCAAAGCAAAUGCCUCCUUCCAUGUCUAGACCUGGACCAUACACAGUCAAGAAGCAAGCCAUCAAAUGGUCCAAGCAAGAAGACGACAUGCUGAAGCAGGCUGUUGAGGAGCAUGGUGCGAAGAACUGGAAACUCAUUUCUACUCGUCUUCCAGGCCGAAGUGAAGUCCAAUGUCUCCACAGAUGGCAAAAAGUUUUGAAACCAACUCUUGUCAAGGGACCAUGGACUGCAGAAGAGGACCGCAAGGUGAUCGAACUCGUCAAGAAGUACGGAGCCAAGAAAUGGUCGUUGAUAGCAUCGAACUUGCCAGGAAGGAUUGGAAAACAAUGUCGUGAACGAUGGCACAAUCAUCUCAAUCCUGACAUCUCCAAGGAAGCAUGGAAAGAAGAGGAGGAUAGAACCAUUUUGGAGGCUCACAUGACCUUGGGAAAUCGCUGGGCUGAGAUUGCAAAGAUGCUCCCAGGAAGAACUGACAAUGCCAUCAAGAACCAUUGGAACUCUUCGAUGCGUCGAAAAAUUGAAAAGUACUUGGCGAAGAAGCAAGGUUGCGACGAAUCAAACAUCCGAUAUACCGAGGAUGGCAGAUUCGACUUCAUGGGGGACCUCGAAGGUGUACUGAGCGCUGUGCGAGGAAAGGAGAACCUUGGGAAGAUGAAGCGUGGAGACCGCAAGUCUCGCAAAAGCAGUACAAAGAAGAGACGAUAUGACCCAAAAAUGCCACCAAUGGGUAUGCCACCACCAUACAUGUAUGGAAUGCAUCCAAUGUCUUAUCCCGGGAUGCCACCACACCCAGGCAUGUAUCAUCAUGAGAUGGCCAUGGCACCAUAUCCAUAUGGAAAGCCAAUGGCGAAGCAUCCUAUGUCAUCUGGAAAGUGUGAUUCCAAUGUACCACUCGCUCCGAAACCACCAAGUGAUGGGCAAUCGAAGCACUUCUCCCCGAAAAAGGAUCAAAUGAUUCGCUACGAUAGCAUGACUCCAAGAGACACGCCAUCGGAGCACAAAGAUCAUUCAUCAUACUAUUCAAGCUCUCGCAAGUCCAUCUUUGAUUCACCAGGAAAUCUUGGGGAUGAUGUUCUGAAUGGAAGCCCUGCUCUCAAUAUGAACAUCAAUGGAAUGACACCACUUUCUACUUUGAAGGGAACCUUUGCUACUCCGUAUUCGUCAGAACUAUUUUCUGGGUUGUCGUUGGAAGAAAAUCUUGGACUCAACAAAGCCUUAUUUGCUGACGAUGAUCGUUACAACAAGACCCCCAUUGCGAAGACACCUAGGAUGAAACCUCUCAUUGGUCACACUCCUCGUGAAAUGAAGUUGAACUUCGGUGGUACUGAUGAUUCAAUGACAAACUUCAUUUCUGAUAUGAGAUACAACCGUGUUUCAAUAUCACCUGUCUCCCACAGGACAAAGCUGAAGAAGGAAAUGGAAGAGGCAAGAACUCCCCCGCGAAGUGCGAACAAGUCUAUCCACUUCGCUGAAGAUGAACGUGAUGAUCCCCUUGGCUCCGCGAUGAAAGUCAAUAGUUUCAUGCCAGCAAUUACCACCACCGAUGUUCAAACGCCAAACAAUGUGACAAACGUUACUCAUGACUCUGUGGACACUAGAGAUGUUCAGCCCGCUUCGAGUCCAUUUGAUGCAUCUUUGACGCCCAUUGGAGGCUAUGAUCAUGAUCAAGGAUUUUGGAGUCGUCAGCUUGGAUUCAGCCCCCAAGGAUCUUCCAUGACACCUUUCCGAUCCCCUCCACGUUCCUCAAGAAAAUAUCGCGCACCACUUGCACCUAUUACCAUGAACACGCUGGGAGCCGACACUCCCAAGAGCUCAGGAAAGUCCAGAAAACUGAGUGAAAUCAAGGCUGAGCCAGAAGCUUCGCCUUCUCUGCCUGCUCUCAAGCGACAACGGACUGUCGAAGCUUCACCGAAAGAGUAA